CUCCGGUUAACUUCUCGUUGCGACCGCGCACAACUUAACCAACUCGAACACUCUUCUUCCAUCGCCCUCCCAAAUUCAAAACAUCUAUAAAACCCUAACCCUAACACGCAAAACCCCGCCCACUCAAUCCUCUUCAACUGGCCAUCAUCUUUCAGCUAAAAUGGACUCUGUCCUUCUUGAAUCCCCUAUGGAAGAGCGAUCUCCCGACCUCGGCCUCUACCCGGAGACUAACUACGAGCUCAUGCUGCGAGAGUCCAUCAAACGAUUCCUCGCCGGAAUCCUCCGAGAAGGCUUUGAUUUCACCGUAUUCCGCACAGUCAUUUCAAGGCAACUCCAGUCCUGCGCUGACCCGCCGCUCGAGAUAGUGUGGCUGUACUCUGCUGCGAGCUACCACGAGAGCAUUGCUGCGAAGAACUCUUUUAAUAGGGUCCGUAUCGUAAGGGACCUCCUCCAGCUUCUCUCCGCCUUCUCUGCUGCUGGCGGCGGCGCUAAGUCUAUAGCGCUGAUCGCUCCGGCUGUUUAUGAUUUGUAUCAAUGCGCAGUGGACGGGUUGGUGGAGAGGAAAGAGAUGAAGGAGAUAGAGUGCUUAGCGGAAGCCAUUUUGAGUUAUAUUAGUAUAUGCAGCGGUCAGUAUAACGAUGUGGAGGCGAUUUCCACAGAGCUGCAUCCUUGCUUUCUUGACCUGGUGAAAGUGUGGACGUUGAGGCACUCUGGGAGUGGGGGGAGCCUAGAGGCAUUCUUUCCGCUGAUUAGUAGUGAAGUUCGGAGGAGGUUUGAGAUGGAAGGAUGCGGAGUUGGUUAUUUAGCUGGGGUGGUAGUUACGGAGGCUUUUCUGCUAAGGUUAUGCUUGAAGGUGAAAAUUGGAGGAGCUUCAAGGAAAGAGUUGCAAAAGGAAUUAGGAAUCUGGGCUGUUAGUUCGAUAACUGUGUUCUGCAACAGGCAUUUUUUCGAAAUAUUGUUGAAAUACCUGCUGGAUCGAAAAGUUAAUGCAGCUGCUCUAUUGAAUACUGAAGAUGAACAGCUUGUAAGAGGAGUCCUCUAUGAUGCUGUGGUUUUGGUGGAUUAUUCUUUCCUUUUGUCUGUGAAGGACAUAGAUCAGUAUGAUAGGAUAAGAAAUCUUCUCAUCGCAAAGCUGAUCGUUACUAACGAGGCUGUUGAACUAGCCAGGACGAAUGGGGAUCAUGGCAAAGCCAUCUCCUAUUUGAAUGCAUUUUCAACUUCAUCUCUUCGGACCGAACUAGUCAACUCGGUGCGCAAUCAGAUUGGAAAUUCCAGCACCCAAAAGCCGAAAGACAAUUCGCCCAAAGGUCUUCUCAAGUGGCUUGUUCAUCUCGAGCAAAUGGGGAAAAGAAUUCUUGAUGAUGAAGCUUCAAAAUAUGCCAAGAAGCUAAUGUGUGAAGAGUCCAACCUACUCGCAGUGCAGUCUGCAUCAGCUGAUGAGAAAAACAUGGAUGUCGAUUUAUUCUUUUUUGAUAAAGGCGAGUCGAAAGGUGACGAAAUGGAGUCAAUGGAUGCUGCAUUUAUCUCUGCAGCCCAAUCCAUGAAACAGAUUUCAACCAAUGGAAGGGUGAAAAGAAAAGAAUCAACAGGUGAAGCAGGAAAUAGGGUCAAAUUUGUAAAAUAUGAUAUUCAGAACAACUUAUUUGAAAAUUCUGGCAUGUUGCUGAUGCUGCAAAUAGUGAUAGUGAGGUUGAGAAUUCAUUCUCAGAUGCAGUUAUGGAGGGAUCUGACUGAGUUUGAAGCAGAGCUUCUUCUUGUUUGGGGUUUCUAA